AGUCGGCAAAAUGAGGGGUCAGUUUCGGUACAACGAGUCCUUUCGAGAACACGAUCUCGACGCGUUCCCACGCCACUCCACCCAUUUCCCUCCCUCUCUUGCGUCACUGCCGACCCUUCUCCCUCUUCAUAAACCCCCAGCGAUCUCAAACGCUCAGAGUUGUAAUUGUUCACGCCCUCACGAUUCACAGAUCCGGAUACCAAAUCUUAGAACGAGAAGGUGAAAAGGGUAGGAAUCGAUGGCUCAGCGUGAGAAGGAGGAGGCGAAGCUCCACGCCCCCGAGACCCUCACCCUCUGCGUCAACAACUGUGGCUUCCCCGGCAACCCCGCCACCAACAACAUGUGCCAGUCCUGCUUCCAAGCUUCCACCAUCGCUGCCUCCCCCGCUCCCCACUCCUGCUCUCCAAGAUCCGCUCUCCCGAUCCGAUCGCCGGAACGCGCGGCAGAGGAGCGGGACGCGAGGACCUCCGAGGCCCCCGCGGCGGCUGUGUCUGCCCCGGCGCCGGCGCGACAGGUGAGCCGGUGCUUCUCCUGCCGGAAGCGUGUGGGGCUCACGGGGUUCCGGUGCCGCUGCGGCGAUCUGUUCUGCGGCGAGCACCGCUACUCCGAUCGCCACGACUGCAGCUACGACUACAAGGCCGCCGCCCGGGCCGCCAUCGCUCGCGCGAAUCCCGUCGUCCGAGCGGCCAAGAUCGUCAGGGUGUGAAGCGAAGAACCGGGGAGACGCGUGUGUGUCUUGCUUUCCGAUCUCGGAACAUCAAGUUCUAAAACGGCGGAAGGGAAAGCAGCAAACUGAGUCAUGCUUUCUGCUGUGUGUCAUCAAGAAUCUGGAAAUAUCCCCUUCCUCUCUUCCAUGUGAUUCGGUUGUGAUUUGUUUUUCUUUCCCAGCUUUGUUUCUUCAAUCAUGUAAAAAAGUAAAAGAAAAAAUGGCCGAUACACAGGCCAAUUUAAGGGUUCA